ACAUUAGGUGGCAGUGGUGAGCACAUUAACAGAUGGGUACCACCGUUAAUUCCCAGAAGAAGACAGUGGCUAGUUAUUCCAAAGUACUAAGCUAAUUCUGUUAAAACAAAUUGGUUCUCUUAAACCAGGCGGCUUCUAAUUAACAGAAAAGUAUCAAGUUGUGGCUUUAAUGGUGAAAUAAGUCGUAUUUUACGGAGGAAUGUUCGGCAGGUCGUAUCAGCUGCUUCCGCAGAGGGAUUCAAGUUCCCAGAAGACUCCUGGUUUGUUUGCGAACUCUCACAGCUUUUCACAGCCCAGAUAUCAUAAUGGACUUUCCUUUGAUCAUAUCCCAAAUAUCUCUGCAAACGACUUUACUGACGCCUCUCAGGGAUGGGUGUCUUGGAUCUGCCACCUGAUUGUGAUCUUCUUCGUUUACAUCUGCACCUUCAUAGCCUUCCCAGUAACAGGAUGGUUUGUUCUAAAGACUGUCCCUAACUACCAGAGGGUAGUAGUGUUCCGUCUGGGUCGGGUUUGUCCCCCUAAAGGCCCCGGGGUUGUGCUGGUGCUGCCCCUCAUUGAUCAGUGGCAGAGAGUAGACCUGAGAACCCGAGCCUUUAACAUCCCCCCAUGUCAGGUGAUUACUCGGGAUGGUGGCGUGUUGUUAGUAGGAGCAGACAUCCAGUUCAGGAUCUGGAACCCAGUCAUGUCAGUGGUGUCGGUCCAGGACCUGAAUGCCUCCACCAGGAUGACUGCGCAGAACGCUCUGACCCACAGCCUAUCUAAGAAGACCAUUAGAGAAAUUCAAACUGAGAGACUGAAACUAGAGGAAUAUCUUGGUAUGGACAUAAAUGAGAUGACUCAUCCGUGGGGGCUCGAAGUUGAUCGGGUGGAACUUACCUUUGGUUCUCUACUCAAAGCACCAGAAGAAGGCCAAGCUGCACCCUGUACUACAUCUGCACCUGGACUCGAAGAUCUCACUGACUCCAUUCAGCAGCUGGCCAUGCACUUUCUUAGUCACAGUGGAAGUUCACAUCCUAAACAGGAGGACAGUCUGACAUUAAUGAAUGAGCUCAGUAGUGAGGCUGAAGUUGCCGUGGUUACACCAGGUUCUGUUGAAGAGUUGCUCAGUGGAGUCCAGAUGCUCCUCUCUGAGACUUUGGUCCAACAGGUUAGGGCUUGUUUCCAGUUUGAGAUCAGCACUGGUGAUGGACAGCAGCGUCAGUACUACCUGGAUUUAACUCAAGGUAGUGGCACAGCUGGGUCAGGGUCUUUGUGUCGAGAGCCUGAUGUGACUUUGAGCAUGAGCGAUUGCGACCUCGUGGACAUGUUCCAAGGGAGGCUGCGACCGUUUGCCGCAUACACCAGCGGCAAGCUCAAGGUGCAGGGAGACGUCAAGACGGCCAUGAAGCUGGAAGAACUCAUAAGGCAGCUUAAAAAGUAGCUUCCAUUGUAACUUUGUUUUGCUGUUAGAUAUAUGCUUAAAUUUUACAUGUAAAUUUAAUACAUUUUAAUAUAUGCUUUGAUUAAAGUUAUUAAAAACUAAAA